CCCCGUCACCGCUUUCAUCGCUCUCUCGGCCGCACUCACAUCUCUAUCAGAUCGACAGGCGGCAUCAUCAUGACGACGGACGGCCGUUUCUACCUGCUUGUCUCGCCAGACGGGCACAUUGGCCCAGGACCUUGCGCCCAGAGGAGGUAUCUACGGUCGUCGGACAUCAGCAAGAUCAUCGCCUUCGACGACAACGACCAGUCGAAGCCCGACAGACCCAUCGGCGUGCUGCAGGGGGCAUCUGUGUUCUUCGAGAAGUGCAUCAAGCUGCUGGAGAGGUGCUUAUCAACUGAGAGAGGGAGAGAGGACGGCCAUGUGAUGUGCAGAUCUGGCGUUUGUCCUGGGUGUGUGUGUGUGUUCAUCAGCGAGUUUCGUGACGACUCGGUCCUGGCCCCAUCGGGGGUGCGGUACAAGAUCAUUCAGCAAGGCAGCGGCGCCAUGCCUACGGCCGAGCAGCAGGUCAAGUUCGACUACAUCGAGUGGGGCGACGCCUGGGAGGGCGAGGUGUGUGCCGAUGAGCCUGGCAGUACGUGCCGACCGGCAGAACUGCCCGGGUGGUUCGGGGAGGCGAUCACGUCGAUGCGAGUUGGAGAGGUGCGUCGAUUGAUGGUGCCGCCGGAUGUCAGCCACGCCCCGGUCCCUCACACAAAGCUGGUGCAGCUCACGCUGCACGCCAUCAUGUGAACAGUCAACAACGGGACAGAGAGACACACACACAGAGAGAGAGAGAGAGAGAGUCACACACACACGUGUUACGAGCCUGCCUGGGGUUCGUCACGUCACAUGUGAUACGGCCGCAGUGGCUUGCCCAGCCCCCCGCCUCCCCGCCCGGCGGGGCAAGCCGCUGCGGCCUUACUAUAUGUGACGUGACUGACCCGACAGUCAGUCAGUCAGUCAGUGGAUCAACC